AUGAUCUACGAUCGUAAGAUGAAGUUUCGUGGAAAUAGUUUUACAAUAAACUCUUCUAACAGUAUAAGAAAUGUGGUCCAACCGGCAGUAACAUGCUCUUCAGUAGUGACUAACAAAAAUAAUGAACUUGAAUCAUACUUAAACAUGAGUCCUUAUAACGUUCCAUUGGGGGACAAUAUACCAAAUGUACAGAAUCAUACAACUUAUACAAUUCGUACGUUAGCGGAUAUGUUCACAUGUAAAUUGUCAAAUUUUCCUAUGACAGUAGGAAUUUUCACUCAACAAAGCAAUAAGGAAUAUCUUUCACAACUGGCAAAUGAACUACACAAUCUGGAUCGACUUGAAAACCCAAUGCCACUGAAAUUUAGCAAAUUACUUUUUCUAUUCCCCUUAGUAAUCAGUGCCAUAUUAGGCUACUUUGUUGGAAUGCUUACCAACUGGCAGGUUGGUUUAUCAAUUGGACAUAUUGGAAUGUUUAUACAAAUUACAUUUCUGGCGCUAAUCAUAACUGGAUCUCGAUUCUGUCAUAAACCAAUGGCAAUACGCGCCAGCUACUCAAUUGCAUGCUUCCUUCAGUGGUUGAAACUUUUCUUAAGCGUAUGCUUUUGUUAUCCUGAGAAAUCAGUGAAUACUAAAACACCUACGAGGAUUAUUGUUGUUUAUCACCGGAUAUGUCCUUCGUCAACAACCAAUAUGGCCUUAUUUUCAUUAAUGGAGAAAAUGUGGUUCAGUUUAGUUCGACACUAUGGACAAAUUUUGAUAAGACUUCAGAGAGCUGGAAGACCUGCUGGAAUUCCGAACUGUAAAUACAAACGUGUCUGCUGUUUGCCUGCAUUUCUUGUAAUGAUCGCAUUUUGGAUUGCGUUUGUUAUAUCUACUAGUAUCAUGCGUCUCUACUCAGGUCAAUUAGCUAAAUUACUUGGACAUGGUGGUCUACUAUCUUUAUUUGGUUUAUUAAUUAAUCCUAUAACACCUGUAAAAACUGCUUUGUCAGCAUUUCUACAAACUGAAAAUGAUGCGGACAAAGAUUUUUUUAGUUCAAAAUCUGUUGGAAAAGUUAACGAAGCUGCCCUCCUAUCUAAUUCAACGUCAUUCAAGGAUUUGGCUAUAUCAGCUGAAGAGCAAAGAGCCUGUAAAGCGGAUUUAUUUAUUAAAUCAGAAUUUGCAAAAAUUUGUAACUUAUCUGUUACAUUUGAUCGUUUCACUAAUACACAACAAACUAGAUUCAUACUGUGUUUAGAUGCAAGCGGUACAUUACAAAAAGAUUUACUAGCAAAACUAAUUUAUCAAAUACAUAAUUUAAUUUUAUCUGACAUGAGUGCACCAGUUGCUAUUGUACUAGAGGCGAAUUUUCGGAUACUUUUAGGUGACCUUGUAUGCAGCGCAGUUUUAUCCCCUCGUAAUCCUGGUUUCUGCAGCGGUUUACCACAGGAACCGAAGUUUCUGGCGCAAAUACUUGGUGAUAAUUUUCAUUUAGUACAUGCUAGUUUACACCUACCAAUUUACUUAGAACCACCGAUUUUUACCGAUUUCCCGGAACAGAUAACAGAAAGUAAUGACCAGUCGCAGCACAAUCAGUUAUUUUGUUCACCGCUGAACGGUUAUUCGUCUGGUGUCUGCACUUCUAACACAACUUCAGCAACAACACUUACUAUGAAUCCAUCCUCAACCAAAAUGUCAUUCAGUUUAAAUUGCAUGCCGACCAAUGUACCAAGAGCAAAUUUUGACAACUUCUACAGAAUACAUUCAAACAGCCAGCGUAGUUCAAAAAUGUCUUCGUUAAAUCCUGAAGCAGCAAGAAACAACAGUGACUUUACAAAAGAACAUCAUCAGUUUAACGUACACGAUAUUGCAAGCAUGUUCUUGCACAAUCAUGAAUUGGCUGACUGGAAUGGGAAAAUCAUCAAGCAGUUGGUGUUGUCCACGAUGUUAACAAGUCGUUUGUUGAAACUUUACAAUAUGAAUGUUGAAAUUGAAAUGGUAAUUGUAUGGAUUACAUUAGUUCACCACUGGCCGUAUCAUACAGCCUGGUUAAUAAUUCAUCUAGAAGACCUAAACAAGAUGAACUCAGAGAAUUUGAACAAAGAGCAAAAUCUUCAACUUCAAGUCAGUCUGACCGAAGCUUUCUUAGAGGUGAAGAAACGUGUUGGUCAGUCAAUAGAAACGUUAGAACCUUUAGCAAUCGAAGAUCGUGAUCUGGAAAAGUUGAAUACAUUUUUGUAUGCCAAGGCAUCUACUCCCAUCCCACUGAACAAUUUAAAACAGCUUAUUGUUUGUACGCUAGUCCAUAAUCCAUUUAUUCGUUAUUCACUUCAAGCACUUGUUGGUAAAGUGAAUGAGCCCCAUCACCCAGCCUUACAUCACAAUUUCGUCAAUCCUCUUGAUGCACUCGUUGAAGAAAGGAGUGGUAGUGCGAACUACACGUUUGGCUUAAGUAAGGUAGGCCAAUCAAAUUCAGUCCCACUUUAUACAACUAUUCAGCAUAAUGCUUCAAGAGCGCAAACAAAUCAAAUAGGAUGUACAACAACUGGUUCAAUAUCUUCAGCUGAAAACAUUCCUUCUAAUCCAUCUUGGCCAUGCUCUUCUGACACAAUUACGACCGGGGAUAAUUUUGCAAAUAAACCCUGUUUUCUGAGGUUAAAUACAAGGUGUCCAUCGAUCCCGUUAAAUCAGUUUACCGUCAGUGACGUCUGUCAAUUAUUUGCGAGUAUCACUGACAUUCACCCAUCUAAUAUGCACACUUAUUUAACAAGAAUAAAACAGUUAAAAAUCAAUGGAAUCAUACUGUCUGUUUGCAAUUUAGAAAAAUUACAACAAGAAUUGUUGAUUAAUUCAACAGACUGGCAGCUAAUACAUAAACUGCUUACUUGUUUGCGGUCAUCUACUAAUGAUGGCUUCUCUGCUUUCUCAGAAAAUUCACAACAACCUGUACGUGGUCCAUCUUUGCAUGAAUUUGAAGUGAAUGACUCAACUGCUGGUAGUAACAACACUUUUAAGACCAAAACUCAGCAGCCACAACAUCAUUUGUCCAAUCACACUUCAAUCACAUCGGUUCUAUCCUUAAACUCUGACAAGCUAUCGCAAUCAUCAGACAGUAAACUGAAGAAACCAAACCACUUUCUUGUACGACAAACACCCUGGCUUAUCUCACCAAAAAUACCACUUACAUCUUUAACAUCAAAUGGCAAAUCACUUGAGCCCUUUCAAGAGUUUCCAUACCAACAGCAUCCUAGUCCAGAUAGCUCUGACCAACAAAACUCAUGUAGUGCUAUGGAAGAACCAGAAUCACUAUGGAAAACUAGUAGUCUACUUCAUGUCCGCACAAAUCUGAAUAAAAACUCCUUAGGUCAACAGCAAGAAAAUAGAUUAAGUGUAGUGAAUGAAAAGCCAAACAUUUUGAGUAAUUCCAACCCUUUUUCAAAUAUGGAGAAUUUAAGUGGAUCAAAAGAGAUCAAAGCCCCAGAAAAACAUUUUAAUAAGUCUCAACUAACUUCAAGUGUAUCAGGUGGAACAGCAAUGCCAAGGUAUACAUUUAAUAAAGACAUUCAAAAGUCACUUCAGUCAAACUGGUUUGCAAUUAAAAACGGUUAUGCUAGUCGCUCAUCUGUUGACCUACGUACGGUUUUCGGUCCGGAACAAAAACCAACAUCUAGUUCACAGUUAUUUGGUAACUGUAAGGCUAUUAGGAAUUCAAAAAGGCAUCGAGUUAAGAAGGCCUUAGUUGAGCAGCAUAGAAGGAGACAGCAACAAUGCCUUUUGACGCCAACUCCGAAUUUCAGCUAUGUAACUGAUCCAGGGUUUUGUCCUGCUGGGUUCGUCUGUCCAGUGUCUAAUCCUGGUGCAAAUUUAUAUAACCAGGAAUUAAUGAACUGCACAAGUUUACGUUAUGAUCCUGACUUGCAAAAUUUAAGACUUCCUAGUCUUAGACGUGUCAUUAAACAACCGCGACAUAAGUACGACUACAAAACUUUUGUCAACAAUGCUACAAUAAUUAAUAAUGUUGAUAAAAAUAAUGCUUGUGGUUCAGGAAAUGUCAGUCCAAUUAAUAAUUUAGGGCCAAACAAGGCUCAAAUCAAACAGAAUUGUAUAUAUGAAGCAGCGAAUAACAAUAGUACUGACACGGAUGACACAAUUCCAUCUUCAGAUAAUAAAAGUUCUCAACUAAAUUUCUGUAGUCGAAAUAAGGUGUUUUUGGAUCACCUCAAACAAUAUCCACAUGCUUUCCAUGGUCCAGCAGUUUUCUCUUCACCGGCUUUAACACCGUCUCAACUAGCCAGUUUACAAACUUACGCUGCGUGGUCAACAAAAAUGAAUCCCUACUUCACGAAUCCAACAGUUUUAACCAAUAUUGGAUCAGUCCUUCCAAGUGACGUAAAUAAUGCAUGGAAAAGUUACUUACAACAGCACCAGCCAAAUAUAUCCUUACUGAUGAAAACAAAUACUCAUCAGAAAUCAAAUCAUAAAGCGUUUAAGCCAAGUCAGAAGAAAAGACCGAGGAAAACUAACUCAGAAGAUGAGAAAACUAUUAUUGAUCAAACUACGGAAUUUUCAUCCUCCUGCCUAAUGAAUCCACAUACAAACUCAAUGCCAGUGCCAAGUGAUUCUGAGGCUGAGAUGUGUACAUGUGAUUACUGGUAUGAAGUGGAGAAAGCUAGAGAAAAGUUUACUAUCAGUGAACCAUCAUUAAGAGGUGAGUCAGACUUGAUAAGUGUCGAUGAUUUUGUAUUGGAAAAUGGAUCACAGUAAAAUGUCGGAGAAUCCCUAAAGUCAACGAGUAUUUUAUUACGGGAUAAAAGCAGACCAUCGAAAUGACAUAAAUGCUUGUACGAUCAAACUUGAAGUUAUAGUAUAUAUUUGUACAUUAUAUGUACCAUUUCAAAUGAGUUUUCUGUGCAGUUAUCACGACUAAUUUCACACAAAAAUCAGUUAGUUAAGUUAAUCAUCAAUUGAAUUUGCACUUUCGUCGUCUGCCGAAAUUCCUUAAGCAAUUUGAGGCUUAGAAGACAUGACACUUUUACUUCUACUCUCUCUCUCUCUCUCUCUCUC